AAUCACGCUCUAAUCCCGCCCCCAGCGCGGACACACCCAUUUCCUCACCGGCAUUUCAUUUCCCCCUCUUUGAUAUUACAGUCACGCGCGCUGGCUGGUGGUCUGCCCGUGUGUGCGCGCGCGUGUGGGGCACAAACACGUGCGUGUGUUUGAAAGGUUACUGCGGGGUGAAGAUAACAUCAAACAUCUCAGCGUGGAGUGUGUGUGGUCCAGUGUAUUUCUACCUUGUGGGCGUGUGCCCGCCCCCCGCCUCUCCCCCCUCCCCUCCCUGCAGACCGGUGUAUGUGCAUGCGCGCGUGCAGUACUACAGGUCUGCACGAGCCCUACCUGAGGAAACCAGAAUCUUUCUUCUUCACAUUUUUAAUUCAUCCCUCUUUUUUUAACCACAUGGUUCCUUCUGAGUGUCCUCGCGGCCUUCACGAGUGGCUUAUUUCUCUCCGAGGGUUCACGCGCGUACUACCCCUCCCUCCCCCUCCCCCUCCCCUCCUCUCCCCCUCCCCUCUUCCCCCUCCUCCUCCUGCUCCUCAGCGUGGAGGUGCGGGGCCACUACUGGCUGUGUUGUUGCGGCACUGGAUGGAUCUAACGGGCAUGUUUGCGGGAGAAGCCGCGCGCGGAGGGAAAUAAAACCGGAUUUUGUUUCUUCUUGUUCUUCACCUGCCGAUCGGUCACCUGCUCUGUGACGUCAUGUCAAACUCCAACAAAAGCAAGAAGGACAAAGAAAUCCUCGCAGAAUACGAGAGCCAAGUCAAAGAUGUGCGGGCGCAGUUGGUGGAGCAGCAGCGGUGUCUGGAGCAGCAGACGGAGAUGCGGGUCCAGCUUCUUCAGGACCUGCAGGACUUCUUCAGGAAGAAGGCCGAGAUCGAGACGGAGUACUCCAGAAACCUCGAGAAGCUCGCAGAGAGAUUCAUGGCGAAAACACGCAGCACGAAAGACCAUCAGCAAUACAAGAAGGAUCAGAACCUGCUCUCUCCGGUGAACUGCUGGUACCUGCUCUUGAACCAGGUGAGGAGGGAGAGUAAGGACCACGCCACUCUCAGCGACCUCUACCUGAACAACGUCAUCACACGCCUCACGCACAUCAGCGAGGACUCCGCCCGCCUGCUCAAGAGGAGUAAGGAGAUCAUCUUUCAACUUCAGGAGGAUCUCAUGAAGCUGCUCAACGAGCUUUACACCGUGAUGAAGACAUAUCACAUGUACCACGUGGAGACGAUCAGUGCUGAAACCAAACUACGAGAGGCGGAGCGUCAGGAGGGGCGCGUGAAGGGUGUGUCGGGGUCAGGCGGAGGGGUGGAGCCUGUAUUCGGCCUGCGGAUAGAAGAGCGCCACCAGAGACGCAACGCCGCCCGCAAGAUGGAGAAGAUGAGGGAGAAGAGGAAGGCGAAGUACUCCGAGAACAAACUGAAGACUCUUAAAGCCAGGAACGAGUACCUGCUGACCAUGGAGGCCACCAACGCCUCCGUGUUUAAAUACUACAUCCACGACCUUCCCGACAUCAUAGACUGCUGUGACUUAGGGUACCACUCCAGUCUGAGCCGGGCUCUAAAGACCUACCUAUCAGCUGAACUCAGUCUUGAAGCCUCCAGGAGGGCUGGUCUGGAGGUCCUUGAGGGGGCCGUGGAGGGCCUGGACCCGGCCCGGGACAGACAGCGCCUGCUGGGCCUCUACCCCACCGCCUUCUGCCCGCCACAACGCUUCGGAUUCCAGGCGCACAUGGGAGACGCAGUGACUCAGAUCGCGUCCCAGCCGCAGGUCCAGGCCGAGCUGACGCUUCGCCUCACGCAGCUCCAGACCCGCUUGGCGUCUCUGAAGAUCGAGAACGAGGAAGUGAAGAAGACGUGGGGCGCCACCCUGACCACGCUGCAGGACAUGACGGUGCUGGACGAUUACGACGUGUCGCAGAGCUUCACCCACAGCCCGUCCUCCGAGUCGGUCAAGUCCAGCGUGUCCGACGGAUACUUGAACAAACCGAGUCUGGCGAAGAGGCGGGCCAACCAGCAGGAGACAGAGCUCUUCUACUUCAAUAAGUUCCGCGAGUAUCUGGAGGGGAGUAAUCUCAUUUCCAAACUGCAGGCCAAACACGACAUCCUGAAGAAGGCGUUAGCAGAAGGAUAUAAAGCCGACCUGCUGACGACCAGUCGUGGCCGGAAGAACUCCCACAGCAAGCACCAGGAUUCCACUAAAGCCAUACCUUUACUGGUGGAGAGCUGCAUCCGCUACAUCAACCUGCACGGUCUUCAGCAUCAAGGAAUAUUCCGGGUGUCGGGGUCACAGGUCGAGGUCAAUGACAUCAAAAACUCCUUUGAAAGAGGUAACGACCCGCUGAUUGACGAGGAGAGCAACCACGACAUCAACUCUGUGGCCGGCGUGUUGAAGCUCUACUUCAGGGGUUUGGAAAACCCGCUGUUUCCCAAGGACCGCUUCAAUGACCUUAUCUCCUGCGUCCGCAUCGAGAACAUGUACGAGAGAGCGCAGUGCAUCCGUAAGAUCCUCCUGGGAGUCCCGAGAGCCGUACUGGUGGUGAUGCGUUACCUGUUCGCCUUCCUCAACCACCUCUCCCAGUACAGCGAUGAGAACAUGAUGGAUGCUGGGAACCUUGCCAUCGUUUUCGGGCCCACCCUCCUGCCCACACCAGAGACUCUGGACCAAGUGGCCUGUCAGGCACACGUCAACGAGGUCAUCAAGACGGUGAUCCUGAACCACGACAACAUCUUCCCCGACACCAAGGAGCUGCCGGGUCCGGUCUAUGAGAAGUGUAUGACCGGAGACCAGUACUGCGAGAGUCCGUUCAGCGAGCCUGGAGCUCUGGAGGAGGCCGAGCCCGACGGCGGCACCGAGACCCAGACCAGCGAUGAGGAGGGUGAAUCUGUGGAGGCGGUGGCGAGGUUCGACUACGUGGGCCGGUCGGGUCGUGAGCUCUCCUUCAAGAAGGGAGCGUCCCUGCAGCUCUACCAGCGGGCGUCACAUGACUGGUGGGAGGGGCGUCUCAAUGGAAGCCGCGGCCUGGUGCCUCAUCAGUACAUCGUGGUGAAGGAGAGGGCCGACGCCACGACCGACACGCUCAGCACGAAGGCGGACAGCGACGGAGGAAGCAGCGACGACAAGCGGUCCAGGAGCGAACUGAGCUCGCCGACGGACCCCCGACCCCCCGAGAACUACAACAGGUCCGUCAUUCACAGGAGGAAGAGGACCGACGGUUUAUUCCGGCGCCCCCUCGGGCGCUCUAACGACAGUCAUUGCCAUGGUAACGGGGGCGUGAUGGAGCGGAGUUCCCCACCUGUUACGGGUCACUUCAGUCCAAGAGACCUGCUGCUGGGGCGGGGACAGGGCAUGACUCCGCCCCUUGACAGCCCGGAGCGCCGCCGCCGCUCUACUGCAGCCGUGACCAUGACGGUGAGCAGACAUGAUUCGCUAAGAAGGCCAGAGGACACGCCCAUCAGGCGCUCAAGCAGCGGACAGCACGGCUUCAGAGGACUGGACCCUGACACACUGGACAUCGAGGAGACGGUGACGGUGGCUCUUGGGGAGUUCAGGCAGCUUGAGCGUCAUGGCUGCCGUCCUGCUCCUGAUGUGGUUCUGGACACUCUGGAUCAGGUGAAGAAUGGCCCCAUGACUACCUGCUCCUCUGAGUCCCCCUCCCCCCACAGCACCCCCAGCACCCCUGGUACUCCCGGGACUCCUGGUACUCCUGGAACCCCGAGCCCCCUGAGUCCUCUGAGCCCCCUCAGCCCGCUACCAGGACCUCCACCUGGACCUCCGAGGCCCAGCAACCCUUCCCCUGAUGCACUUGGGUCCUUCAAACCUGUUGCAGCUGCUCGCAUGGGCGCUCCUUUGAGGCCCCCCGCCCUGCGUCCAAAACCUGUGGUCCCCCCUAAAAGCAGCACCCCGCCUCUUCCCCCGCCACUGGACAAAUCCUGCACCAUGUGAGCCAAACCAGGCCAACAUAAAAGGCCGAAUCAGGCCUACCCGGGCCAAAACUGGGCCAGAAGAGGAGAUCAGGGUACUUAGUGUUUAUAAUCCAAACCAAUGAGGGUCAGAAGGACACGAAGGGUUAAAUGUAGAAAUAAUCUAAAAUAUGAUAUUUAUGUCGUCAGGUCGCUGUGUACUCUCUCUCUGUGUGUAGGAGUUUACGUUUAUCAAAGGUUAGCUUAAAGAGACACAGGAGCCAGCGGGGCGGAGCCAGCGGGGCGGAGCCAGCGGGGCGGAGCCAGCGGGGGCGGAGCUUCCUGAUUUGUAUAUGAAGAAAGAGACGUGGGGAUUGUAGUUCAGCUGGAGUGAAACUGUAGUUUAAAGUGACGUGAAUGUUGGCUGUACUGUCAUGACGCUAGAAGAAGAAGACGAGGACGGCUGCUGACUCGGCGAGGAAGAGAGGACACAAAAACAACGUCUCAACGAUGAGUGACUGAUUAUCUUUUAUUUUUUUAUUCUGUUUCAGCUGCUAAGCUCACUCGUACACCUCAAACCACGAAACGCCUCCUGAGGUCGUCGGUGACACCACAUUGUUCAACCUGAAUGUUUCCACUAUUUAAACGACUGUUCAUCUUAUUGAAUGUUCGGCCAGCUGCUGA